GAACUCUGUUUAGGCCGCAGGGAACCGCUACUCAAGAUACUUCGUCUUCUGUGCAUCCAGUCAUUCUGCAACAACGGACUCAAACCAAAGGUGUUGGACUACUACAAACGAGAAAUUCUACAGACAUACGGGUUCCAGCACCUUGUGACCUUGGGCAACCUAGAGAAGGUCGGCCUGCUGCGGCCACACGGAAUACGUAACUACAUAACCUUGCGCAAGACACUCAAACUCACUGUUGAUACAGUUAAUGAAAUGAAUCCCAAUGACAUAUCGUACGUGUACAGCGGUUACGCACCACUAAGUGUUCGUCUGAUCAAGUUCCUUGCACGACCGGGUUGGCGCAGUAUUACAGAGGUGUUAAACAUGCUCCCGGGACCAACAUUUAACGAAGUACAACAGAUACCCGUUGCCCUUAGGAAGAGAAGAUCUUCAGUAACAUCGUCACAUUCCAAUAUUGCGGACCAGAAGGUUACACUGGUCUUCUUCCUCGGUGGGGUCACAUUCGCAGAGAUUGCAGCCCUCAGGUUCCUCGCACAGCAAGACGAUGGAGGAACUGACUAUGUUAUCGCUACCACCAAAAUCAUCAGUGGACAGUCAUUGUUGGAUAAACUUGUGUGCCAUAUUGAACCGGAAAAACUGAACCCAUUCAUGUGAAAAAUUGAAGAAAAAGCUUAACCCAUUCAUGUGAAAAAUUGGAGAAAAAGCUUAACCCAUUCAUGUGAAAAAUUGGAGAAAAAGCUUAACCCAUUCAUGUGAAAAUUUGGAGAAAAAGCUUAACCCAUUCAUGUGAAAAUUUGGAGAAAAAACUGAACGAAUUCAAAUGUAAAUUUGGAAAAAAACAUGACCCAUUCAUGUAAAAAAAUUGAAAAAAAAAUUCAACCCAAUUGAAAAAAUCGGGAAAAAACUUGAAAUUCAUAUGAAAAAUUGGGGAAAACUAGAAACUAUACAAGAAGAGUAUUCAUGUCAAGAACAAGAGCUUUGACAUCAUUUGAAUACGUCUACAAGAAGUCAGUGUUAAAAAAAUCAUGAUUAUUUCUUACACAUUAUCAGAUUUUAUGAGUGUGGUACAUGUGCUUUUAACUUUAUUUAAUCAAAGAUUAUUGAGUGUAAUUAUUGGAUCAUCAUGUUUGAAAUAUCUGGGGUUAUGAAACAGGGCUGAAUUAAAUAACCAACUUCACUUAAAAUUUAGAGUAGAAGCUGAGUGUUUUGAUUGGCCUGUCAAAAUAACUGGACCAAUGGACUGUAUGAAAUCACCGAGGCAUAUCUACUAUGGAUAAGUUUGAUAUUGAAUAUGGCCCCUGGAGUCUUUUUACUUAAGCUUGCACAUAUUGUUAAAUACCAGUUUUCUACUGUUAAUGUAUCUACUGUAUCUACAAUGUUACUGUUAUAGGGUCACACUUAAUAGUUUAUUUGACAUUUCUCGACCAACUCACAAAAAAAUCCAUGAUCUAGUUGUCAUAUUGCUAUUUAUUUAUUUUAUUAUGGAGUAGGAGUAAUGGGGCUAGGCAGUAUAAAAAACACAACAACAACCCACCUACUGACCUACACCUAAACAUGUUUGUUGGAAAAUGCCAAACAAACCAUAUAUAAAUUGUGGCCCAGUAUUUAAUUAUUUUAAAGAGUGAUAUGUGCAAUAUAACACAUAAACCACAGACAUAUUUACUAUAUAUUUUGUAUUUUCUGUUCAUUACUUCAUUUGUCAAAUGAUGACUCAUGAAUUAUAUAUUGGGUGGACUAUGUGCGAAUGAAAUAAAUGCAAAACAUUG